AAUUUUUUUUAGAUGAAAAGAAACCCUGAAGUGCACUGUCAUAGAACAAAAACACAGAAUGAGAGUGAUGCUGUUAACCCUUUCACGCCAUUUAUGUACGAGAACCAACAACACCACCAACAACAUAACAACAACCUUAAAAACAUCAAAAUUGAAAAUCCCUUGUCGGUACAAAAAGGUUGCAAUGUCACAAGCUCAAAAAGCACUCACUGAUUACCUCCAUUCCACAAGGUCCAUCCCUUAUGCUUUUGCAGAUAAAAUUUCCAAAAACUCUUUUCAUUCUCUCUCCAAUCUCAUUUCAAAGUUGGGUUCUUUUUCACCUUCUGAUUUCACCAAGAAGCUUGAUAAGUACUUAAGGUAUAACCCAAUUAAUGAAUUUGAGUUUUUCUUUGAAAGUAUUGGAAUUCAAUAUACUCAUGUUUCAUCUUUAUUACCUCAUGAUAAGUUUUUCUUUUGUGAAGAUGGGUCACUUCUUGAUUCUGCUUGUGUACUUUGUGAAUUUGGGUUUCCUUGGGAUAAGAUUGGUUUGAUUUAUAUGGAGAGUGGUUUUAUGUUUAGGAAAAGUGGUUUUGAGUUAAAGGGUAGGUUUAGUUUGUUGAAAAGAUAUGGUUUUUCUAAUGUGCAAAUUGUUGGGAUAUGUUUGACUUUUCCCUUUGUUUUUGGUGUUGAGGAAGGGGAAUUUGUUGAUGAGAUUGAUGGGCUGCUUUCUGAUUUGAGAGUUGUGUUUUUGGAUUUUGAUUUGGGAGGGUUUGUUAAUGGGAAUGUGGAUGUUUGGCAUGAGGUUUGUAGGAAAAUUAAAGUGUUUUAUGAUUUGAAUGAUGGUAAGGGGAAGAUAGGGGAACUCGUCGGAAGGAAUAAACAUGUGAUUCUUGAAUAUGGAGAAAAAGAGUUGAUUGAAAAAGUUGAGUAUUUUUGUAGAUUUGGUGUCGAGAAGGUGGAAGUAGCUCGGUUGAUUCUACAAGGUUCGGAAUUGUUGAAUCUUGAUUUGGAAACGCCGGUGAUUAAUGUGUUGAAGCUGUUGAAACACAUUGGAAUGAACUCGAAAGGUCUUGGUGAUGUACGGAAGAACUAUGCUCAUGUGUUGGGAACGAUAAAAAUGGCUAAUCUUCCCAAUGUGAUGAGAGCUAUGGGUUUACGUGAGUGGUUUUUCGAUAAAAUCAAAGAUGGGAAUCAUAAGCUUUUAGUGAAUUUUGUCACAAGCUAUCCCAAUGAAGAGCGUGAUAAAGGUUAUCGAGAUGGUUUGAAGACAAUUCAUGAUGCAAGAACACCGACUCAUAAUAUGAAUAAAUUAAAUUUCAUGCAUAAUAUUGGCUUCGGUGAAAAUGCUAUGACCAUGGAUAUCUUAACUCACAUGCAUGGAACAAGCGAAGAGUUACAAGAAAGAUUUGAUUGCCUUCUAGGUUUAGGGAUUGAAUUCUCAAAGCUGUGUAAGAUAAUCACAAAGAAACCAAAGAUUCUAAGCCAAAAUCCUGAAACCCUAGAGAAAAAGAUUAAUUUCCUUUGUCAGGAGAUGGGAAAAUCCUUGGAGCUUUUGGACACUUUUCCGGGAUUUAUAUAUUUUGACUUAGAGAACCGAAUUAAGCCGAGGUUCAGAUUCUAUACGUGGGUUAUAGAAAAGGGAUUGUCUUCCAAAAAAUAUUCCAUUUCAAGCAUGAUUGCGACUAGCGACAAGAAUUUCGUUGGCCGUGCUUUUAAAAUUCACCCGGCCGCUCCAAAACAUUGGUUUGAGCAAUUCUAUCCCAAUAAAUUGUGAUCUUGAUGAUCAUAUUACUGUUGUUGUGUAUGAACUCCAACAUUGUUUUCCAAUUCAAUUUGUACAGAUCUCACAAUUGGUUACUUCCCAUCAUUUGGACUUGAAUACUAACCUAUUUGAUAUUGUUGAAACACUAACCUAUUAGAGGCAUCUUUGCUUUGCGAUGAAAAUGUGUUAUUGUUGAAAAGAGAAGGGUAGCUUCCCAUGGUUUUAUUCGGGAACCUUUCCUUAACUCGUUAACAGAUCUUGAGCUCAAUGAUGGCAUACCGAAUUCCUGGCAGCUGAUGUAUGCUUUCACUCAAAUGCAUUUUCUGUUCCUAAAUUCUUGCAUUUGUUGUUCUAAAGUUCUGCAGAAUCAAGGCACUCAUUGGCAACACUGAUGCUCCUUCAAACCCUCAUUUUGAAUCAUUGAGGAGCCAAGGUGAAAUAUUCUGAAUGCCUCCAUUUAUGUGCCUCACUAUCUAUCUUAGAUGAAAGAGAAGCUUGCAUUGCAUCUCUGCUCAGCUGAAUUUCACAUUUUCUGGAUCCUUUUUCUUUAUUUAUAUUAUUAUAUAACAUAUGAUAUGAUCAUAACAAAGUGACAAAGAAUUGUUUCUUUGUUGUCACACAACAAGAAAUGAGCUCAUUAGACAGCAAAUCCAUUAUUUUGUAUAUUAAUUCACAGUGAAAUAGCAGGAAAACUUACCAAUUUAUCUCAUCAUUUGCUCUAUU